AUGUGGAGAGUCCCCCCUGGUCGACCAGAUACGCUUCUCUUUCUCCCGGAACUAGAGGGUAAUUGUAUAAGCCAUCGUUCACAUGAAAAAAUAAAUAAUAUUCGACGGGAAAUUAAAGUUAAACCCCUAAAGAAGACCAAUCUUGGCGUAGAUGAGGACUUGUAUGUCCCCUAAGGAAACCAUACUCCAACCUUGGGUCAAACACACCUGAUGCCGGCAUUUACUUAUAAAUUUUAGUUAUUUAGUUGCUGUUAGUUUUCAUCUAGAAGAUGUUGUAGAUAUUUCGUUACCCACAACCUAAAAGGACCUUUGCGGAUAAGGAUACUGGUCUUCCGCACUAAACGUCCUAAGUAAGAUCUACCAUUUCUAACCCUUAACGCGACAACGAGCUUCGCCGUUAUUUUCAUUUGGUAAGCCCCCCUUGAAAAUUAUAUUCAUGUUUUCUCUAUUUUCCGACCCCGUUCAAACCUUCAAGUCAACGAACUCGUGUAAAGAGAAGUGAUUACGUCAAAUAACUGUUGUAGUGAGGUUAUGAACUUUGAGGCCGUACCAAAUCGAAUAACCGGAACUAUUUUUCACAAGCAGGUACAUCGUCCUAUCUGCAUCCAGUUUCUGAGAGUGAUUUGAAAGCUGGUGAAACAUGCUGCUCUUCAAGGAGGAUAGAUCUGGUAUGUUUACCCGAGUUUGCUGACGUUGCACUGGAGUUGAUGGCGGCGCACAAGCUAGUCCACGGUCAGACACAAGCUCAAGCAAAAGAAUUAUUCUGA